AUGACGUCGUACCUUGUCCUUCUUGCCUGCAUGAGCAAGUCUUCUAUUGAGGACUCGGAUGGAAGUAACAAUGAGAGGAAAGAGUGGAACGAAAACCAAGUUGGCGGUUCUGUGCUGCGAAGCUCGCUAAGAAUACGCGAGCGGCGAUUGGCAAAAUUCGCGAAUACUUUAGGAAGUGGAAAGGAAAUUAAAAAGGAUGAGAAUGGGAAAGACACAAAAGGACGAGAGAAAAGACGUACCAACUCAGAUCGAUCAUUGACGUCACGCCGAUCGAGCCCCAGUAGUGGAACUGAAGUCUGCGAUGAACAACCGUCUUCGAAUAGGCAGUCAAUGGAAAUAACGCGGCAACGCCCUCAUUCAUUGCAACUUGGCGCUUCUUCACAAGAGGACACGAAACCGUCAGUUGCAAAGUCGCCUCAUACGAACAAAAAGCGGACCAUGACAAGAGCGCUACCUUCUUUUACAAAUCACCUUAGUCCAUCCAACAAACGAAGAGGGUCCGGAUAUGAUGUUUAGAGCUAUGAUUCUGUGGUUAUAAAGUCUGAUAAUGAGACGUUCCAACCUCGACCCAACGCAGAAGAAAACAUCAAGCCCAUGCGAUGGGACGAUAUAUUAGGCGAAAUCGAUAGAGAAAUAGCCAAACCAAGGCCACCACGUUCGACAUCGAAGAAUAACAACAAAACUGCUGAUUCAUCAGAAUCUCAAGCAGUGCUCGACGAAUCCUACGAGGACUUGCUUUCUAUUGAAAAGGCCAAUGCCGGAUGGUUUGAAGGGGGUCGGAAAUGCCGUAUCGUCAACAAAUCGAUGACACUUCCUAGUACUCUAGUUCCAUUUCUAGGUUCCAGAAAUCAACUCGGGUGCGCAUUUGUAGAUCAUAAAAAAAUCGAAUUUGUGGAUUACAUGGAACUACAAUCUCAGCUUAAGGCAAACAUUUAUUGUAUGGAUUUCUACCGUGUUCUGGUUGUUUCUGAAUGUUAUUCCGACCUCGCACGAAUGCUAGCAGUAGAUUCAGAAGUUCGGCGACUAUCAGGUCUUCUCAUAUGCUCUGUUCCAUAA